CAAUAACCCACUUCCCAGAGUGUAUAAAUUUCCUUAGAAAUCAAAGGAAAGUGGAUUGUUUUUAAAGCUCUUUUUAUACAUUAGUUCACAGCAUCAUCUUUCUUUCAAGCUGUCGCGGGAUAACUAAGUCAAACAGGAUGGGAAAACCAGUAAUCAUCAAGGCUAAGAAAGAUUAUGAUGGCGUAUAUGAGCCAGAGCGUAUGAAUUGGCUUCGAUUGCAAUACUAUCGAUACCAGGUUACCUUUGGCCCAUACGUCUUUACUUCUCAUGAAACAUUUGUCUUCAAUACUAUUGUUUUACUUUUGCUUUUUCUAAUCGGUUGGGCCGUUAAAUCUAUUCUUGUCAAAUUGGCACCUCCUCUGUGGAAUUUAGGAUUGCAUAUACCUAGUGCUACAUCGUAUUUUUUCCAAAAGAAUGCUUAGAGAAAAAUGUAAUGGCUCUAUCUGAUCAUAAUUAUACCCAAUCUGAUAGAAAAACAGAUACUCGAGGAGUUGAAUGGCUUUCUUCGCUUUUUACUUACAUUUCCUUAUUCCCUGGUUUCGUUUCCCUUUUUCUCGCACUCAAUGGCACUUCCCUGAUCAGAUUACUGGGCAGUCUAUAUAAAAGGUAAAGACAUCCUAUUUCUAAAUCCAUAACUUAUUAAAUUUAAUUUUGAAAUGAUGCAUACCUUAUGAAUCAAUUUUGUCUUUAGACACUCUCAGCAGCUUUAUUCAUGAACUAUGGGCGGUUUCAUAAUCAUGGUCUCUUGAAAAAAGAAAUCUGCUGGUGAUAAUUUCUUUCCGUGAUGUUUGGCAUAGAUUAUGUAUUCUUCAUAUUUCAACUUCUACAUCAUUUGCUGGCUAUAAUAACAUUCUUUCUACAAAUGCACUACUUUUUUUUGCUAAACAUUACAAAUAGCAAAGUGAGUUAGAAAAUUUUAUACAUUACUAGAUACCAGAAGAAUAUAGAAAAGUAGGAAGAAAAAUAUUAAAGAGUGUAGGGUCCUUUGAAAGCGUGACCGUUUCGCAUAGUUAAUAAAAUGAUGAGACUUAAAAACGAGC